AUGACAACAAUUCACUGGCCCGGGGGCAUUCCCCGCGAGAUCAAACCUCAUCCCGAAACAGAUCUAUCUCAGGACGAGCUUGAAGAAGAAGUCAAAGGCUGGCUACUUUUUGUUCAAGAAAACUGGGUUCCACGCGACCGGGCCAAUAUCAGCGACGACGACAAGGAGUACGAACUACGCCAGCGCCGAGCCCUAGUUCAAAAUUGGGCUUCCGAGUCGCAAGAUUUUCGUGAUUCGUUCCAAGAUCGUGCCCCAGGCAAUGGGCUUGAGUACCCCCCUGAGGCGUUGAAACACGUUUACGAUACCCAGCAACCUUGUGAAACGAGGCAUGUUAUUUCCGUCGCAUCUAUUGAUGAGACACAUCCAGAGAAUCGGGCGCGAUGGGUCAAGCUCGCAAUUCUCUUUUAUCGUUACGAUAUUGAAUCGGGACACUGUCUCCCUUUCGAUAUUGUUACACCUACAGCAGCGGUUCUGAACCCAGAAACCACAAGUACCUGUUCCGCUGAAGAUUUUCUUCCCUGGUAUUGUCUUGAGAAUGCCUUCUUUCCUGCUAUUUAUAUGACCCGCACUGGAACGGUACUCUACCGUCCUCAUGAACGAUACUUUAUGAUAGUUGAUCAGGAGGGUUUGAAAACCGGCCGUUUCGCGGUCGUCAAAUUUAACAGUGAUGGAACUAUCAAGGACUCAGCUCCACUGCGCCCAUUCAAUAUGUAUCAUUUCGUGAACGACCUGUUUAUACAUGGGAGAGCAGACGUCCAACAGGUACGGGAAAGACCUGGCGGUCAUGGAUAUCAGAAUCAACCCGGAAAUAGAAUGAAUAUGGAUCUACCUAUCGUGGAUAUCCUAGUAUCAGUGGCUGAACCAAAUGGCCCACCCUCGCCGCAUACCGUAUACUGCGAUCGUGAACAAUUUGAACAGGAUAUUGAAUUCUAUGCGCCUGGAUAUCUGGCUCUUGAAGCGGCUGGAAAAGGAGGGGAGUAUGAUUUGAGCUGCCUGACUGAGCCCGACAAGAUUCCGUUUGAUAGGAAGCCAGUGUAUCAGAGAAUGAUGGAAGAUCUGAUGGCUGCGCCAUUUGCAUUCUUGAUCAAGAUCUUGGCCGAGAUGGAUCCAGCCGCGAGUCCAGCGAUUCUUUUCGUCUCAUUCAAGCAGAAAGUGUUGCUGAAUGAAGAGAGCGAUCCAAGUUUUGAUGCGGAUCUGCGAUUUCUAUAA